AUCCUUAGUGGCUUCCAGGGUGCGUUUAUCUCUUAUAACUGAGAACACCUUUUCAGCAUGAAGUGACUGAGCGAGGCCUUGUGGCCCAAAACCGGUGGCACGACGUGAUUGCUAAGGAUAGGUAUGAUCAGUCGGAACCCUUACUCGACCUCCGAGCCCUUUAUCUAUGUUGUUUUAGGGGUUUUUGUCAUAUGGAGUUUGCGAUUUGCGCGCACAUGGGAAAGUUAUGUCAGGAAUUUUGCACACAACAGUACAACCAGUCCCUCCACCAACCAAAUGACCAUAAGUCACAACCACGACUGGUUUGACAAGAUCAAGAUACUGAGCAGUAAACCCUCGACAUUGUUCAAACCUUUCCUUCUUUGGCCAAAGAAAAAGAUCAUAAUAAGGAACAAGAUGCUGUGCCAUAGCAAAUUGUUGUUCCUUUCUCCAAUCCCUUCCCAUGCCGGCAUCCUCCAUAAUGAUUCCUGUGCAAGACGCCCAGUGCAGGAGUGGCCAGAAAAGAAAGCCCGAGAUAGUCUGAAUCCUUCUUCUGUCAGGUUUGUGCCCAAAAGGAGAUAGAACUGCCGGAUAACCAAACUUCAAUGGAGGUGUAGCUUGUUCAAUCAUCAUAUCCACUACCUUCUUAUUCCAUGACAGUG